AUGAUCCGUACCACUAUCGUCCUCGCUGCUCUCGCCGCCGUCGCCUUCUCCGCUCCGAUCCCGGAGGUUCCGGAGAACUACGACGACAUCCCGGCCGAGUACAAGUCCCUGAUCCCAGCCGAGGUCGCCGAGCAGCUCAAGUCGAUCACCGGACCGGAGAAGGCCAUCCUCAAAGAGGUCGCCAAGGGAUACAAGGACUUCAAGAGCGAGGAUGACGUGAGCGAUAACAGAGCGCAUUUCAGUCAAACAAAGCAGAUUUUCAGUUCCUGAACGCCCUCAAGGCCAAGUCCCCAGCCCUCUACGAGAAGGCCUCCAAGCUCCACCAGAUCGUCAAGGACAAGGUCAACGCUCUCAACGACGAGGCCAAGGCUUUCGUCAAGAAGGCUAUUUCUGAGGGACGCAAGAUCCACGCUCAAUACUUGGCUGGAGAGAAGCCAUCGCUCGACACCCUCAAGGCUACCGCCAAGACGUAAGGGAUUCCCUCCACCGUCUCCUCUCAAUCCCCAUCCUUUUCAGCCACAUCGACGCUUACAAGGGACUCUCCCAGGCCGCCAAGGAUUCGAUCGCCGCCGAGUUCCCAAUUCUCACCGGAUUCUUCAAGAGUAAGAGACCAAUGAGAAAGAGCUCAGACUCAGACGAACCCAUUCAUUUUCAGACGAGAAGGUCCAGUCCAUCGUCGGACAGUACGUCAACUAA